AUGGUUGGGUCUUCACCUAGGCCACGUGCCCAUUCCCAAAGUCGUAUCACGACGUUUUUGUUGUCAAACCUCCAUUGUGCCUCUUGCGUGUCGAACAUUGAGGAGGUUCUUUUCCGGCUUGUACCAAGGCCUAGCUCUGUGGAUACGUCUCUUGUCUCUCAUACGGUUACGGUUCGCCACCAUCCGUCUCUACUUGAGUUAACCCUCUCAAAAGCGCUUGGUGAUGCUGGCUUUGAGAUCUACAAUGUGGUGCGAGAUGCGGAAGCUGGAUUUAAUACUGAAGAUGGCGCCGCCAACGAGAGCGCGCAGCGACAGAAACUGAAUAUGCAAAUAGAUGCCGUGAAUGAACCUUCGGUGGUUGUCGACCCCGCGGAUUCUCUGGGGGUUAUGAAAGUGACUGUAUCUAUUGUGGGAAUGACUUGCGGCACCUGCGUCGGCAAGAUCUCCGAGGCACUCGAGAUGGAAUCAUGGGUGCAGUCCGCGAAUGUUACUCUUCUUACCAACAGUGCCGUGGUUACGAUUCAGCACAAAAGCCGCGUGGCUGAUAUUGUUACGGUUAUUGAAGACGUGGGAUAUGAGGCCACAGUGGAACAUGUCGAUGAAUCUCCUGCUCUACAGAAGGCCGACCGCGAGCCCAAAAUUACCACUUUGAAAGCGUCAUAUUCUGUGGGUGGGAUGACAUGCAGUAGCUGUAUUGGGGCUAUCAAAGGGGCGUUGAAGAAGUUCGACUGGAUAAAAAGAGUUGACAUAAAUCUUCUCUCCAACAGCGCUACGGUCAUAUUCGAAGGCAAACAUAACCUGCCUGAGAUUGCAGAGGUUAUCGAGGAUAUUGGUUAUGAGGCCACGCUGAAUGAUGUCAACGAAUUGAGCCACACGCUAUGCCCAAAUCGGCGGAGAGAGAUCUCCAUCCACGUCAGUGGAAUGUAUUGUGAUAAUUGCCCUCCUCGAAUCAUUGGGUAUCUGAAGAAGUGUGCUGGAGAAGUAACGAUUGAUUCACUGUUGAGUAUGGGCAAUCCCAUCUUGAAGGUCAGCUAUAUGCCGAACGCCCCUAGCUUCACCAUUCGGCACAUCCUGGCUUCGAUUUCAACAGCAGACCCUAAUUUAGAGGCCACCAUUUAUCACCCUCCAACAUUGGAAGAGCGUUCACAGAAGAUAAAUGCUCGCGAACAGCGACGCCUCCUACUUCGGACCGCUCUUUCUAUCGCUGUUGCUAUUCCAACCUUUCUUAUUACGAUCGUCUUUAUGAGCCUGGUGCCAUCAGAAAAUCGCAUUCGGCAAUUCUUCAUGCAGCCGAUGUGGUCUGGUGAAGUUCGGCGUGGGGAUUGGGCUUCCUUCCUUCUAGCUUGUCCUGUAUACUUCUUUGCCGCUGAUAUUUUCCAUCGCCGUGCAUUGAAGGAGAUAUACGCACUAUGGAAGCCUGGGAGUACGACGCCUAUCCUCCAGAGAUUCUACCGUUUUGGAAGCAUGAAUAUGCUUAUGUCCUUGGGCACGUCUAUUGCGUUCUUCUCGUCUAUUUCCGAAUUAGCCAUUGCAGCCACGCAUUCCUCGACUUUGGCAGUGAAUUCCAACCGUGCGAGUUAUUUUGACUCGGUCGUCUUUCUCUCUAUGUUUUUACUCAUUGGAAAACUCAUUGAAGCGUAUAGCAGAGCAAAAACAGGAGACGCGGUUACGAUGCUGACAAAGCUUCGGCCAAAAGAAGCCACACUCGUUUAUGAAGAUGACGGAGAGCAGGCGAGAGAUAUCAGUGCAGACCUUCUAGAAAUUGGUGACAUCGUCAGAGUCCCAAGUGGUGGCUCCCCGCCAUGCGACGGACAUAUUAUCAAGGGCGAGGCCUGUUUUGAUGAAUCCAGUCUUACAGGUGAAUCUAGACCUGUGAAGAAGUCGGUGGGAAACGAAGUCUUUUCGGGUACUAUAAACAAUGGCGGUCCUAUCUCUAUCCGGGCCAGUGGUAUUUCUGGAGCGUCUCUAUUGGAUCAAAUUGUUGACGUGGUCAGGGAAGGCCAAACGCGACGCGCCCCAGUUGAACGUAUCGCGGACAUUCUGACCAGCUAUUUUGUACCAGUUGUCACUCUCAUCGCCAUCUCCACAUGGAUCGUGUGGCUCGGCCUUGGCCUUUCUGGAGCACUUCCGCGUGAUUAUCUGGAUCUCGAUCGCGGAGGAUGGCUACUUUGGUCACUGCAGUUUGCUAUCGCUGUGUUCGUCAUAGCCUGCCCUUGUGGUAUUGCUCUCGCCGCUCCAACUGCUCUCUUUGUUGGUGGUGGCCUGGCAGCUCAAAACGGAAUUCUUGUCAAAGGGGGAGGAGAAGCAUUCCAGGAAGCCAGUGGCCUAGACUGCGUCGUCUUCGAUAAAACCGGCACCUUGACACAGGGUGGAGAGCCCGUGGUCACAAACCAUAAGGUUGUGACUGGUGGCGAUGAACCUUUAGUCCGAGCCAUAAUCAGGAGACUAGAGGAGAACAGCAGCCAUCCGAUCGCGAAGGCCAUUGUCUCAUUUUGCGAAUCAAAGGAGACAGCGUCAGUCCAUGUGGAAAAUUUGGAUGAGAUACCCGGCAAGGGUAUGAAAGGCAAAUUCUCAGCCCCGAGGCAGACUAUGAUGGUCAUUAUCGGGAAUGAGGCUCUCAUGACUGAUUAUAAUGUCCAUAUUCCAAACUCCACCUCGAUGACGCUUAACACGUGGAAAGCUCAAGGGAAAUCAAUCUCGUUGGUAGCCAUGAAAGUCGUCUCAGAUGAUGGAACUGGGCCACCACUUCCUGCCUCUGCAUCGUGGGACUUAGUGAUGAGCCUUGCAGUUUCUGAUCCUCUCCGACCAGAAGCAUCCGCUACUAUCCGUGCACUUAAAAAGAGGGGAAUUGAUGUCUGGAUGAUAUCUGGAGAUAACCCGACAACCGCCACCGCUGUUGGUACGAUGGUGGGGAUCGCCCAGGAAAACAUAAUUGCGAAUGUGCUACCAGGCCAGAAAGCCGAGAAAAUUCAAUACCUCCAAAAGACGUUGAAGAAAGCCUCUCGGAAUGCUUUCGGAAGAGCAAAUGAAUAUAUAGGCAGGAGGGCGACGAUAGCCAUGGUAGGCGAUGGGAUAAAUGACUCUCCCGCCUUGACAAUGGCAGAUGUGGGAGUUGCGAUCGGUUCUGGUUCCGACAUUGCCAUCUCCUCCGCCGAUUUUAUUCUUGUUUCAUCUCGAUUGGACUCAUUGCUCACACUGAUUGACCUCAGUCGCAUUGUCUUCAAGAGAAUCAAGUUCAACUUCGCGUGGGCGUUGGUUUACAAUCUCAUCGCUUUGCCUGUGGCUGCUGGAGCUUUAUAUCCUGUCAAAGCCAGCGGGGGACAUAUCAGACUCGACCCAGUCUGGGCCAGUUUAGCCAUGGCGUUGAGCAGCGUGAGCGUUGUCUGCAGCAGUCUACUCCUGCGAAGUUCGAUCGGAAGCCGUGGCUCGUCAUAUGAUAGUGAGCAUAACGGGCUAGCGGCGCUAUACUUUCUCAACGGUCAGUCCUGCGUGCCGGAAGCCCCUACGUGA